CCUGAAGGACAUUUUGUAGGCUAGUUUCAAUACCGGGUGGUUAAAGAAAAUGACUCGCACCAUUCUAGGGAUUUUACUCAUCAUUCAAGGCGUGUGGAGCAGAGACUUGGCUGUUGAGUACCAAAGCCAGUGCGCUUUUAAAGGGACAUCAGUAACAAUACCAUGCUCUUAUAGCCAUCCACCCGGUAAUAAGGUCACUUCCGUCACCUGGUACAGAGGAGAGCCAAGAACUGGCGGGUGGACUGGAUAUCCCUUCUUCACCUCCUCCUCAAUGAAUGGUUUUCAAUACCUGGGUGACACAUCUGGUUCGUGCACGUUGAGGAUCAAGAAGCUGCUUGACUCUGACCAAGCAGGGUACUUUGUUAUAUUAAGGACAGAAGAUAAAAAGUUCACUGCCCCAGAUAUUACUUUGACCGUUCAAGACCCAGGGAUCACUGCCGUUGUACCGACCGUUGUUGUAGAGAGGGACAUGGUGACUCUGAUAUGCAAGACAGAAUGUAUUGGCUAUCCCCCAGCCAACAUGGUAGUGUGGUCACGAGAUGGAAAAGCAGUGGCCAGUCCAACGUUCCAGGCCGGGCUGGACGAUGCAGGGAGUUACCAGUGUGCCUGGGAGGGACUGCUGUCCAACACAGUAACCCUCGAUGUUCAAUUCCUUCCACGGAACACAACGGUGUGGGUCGAACCCCAAGGAGAGGUGUUGAAAGGCAAUAGCGUGAACCUGACCUGCAGCAGUGCUGCCAACCCACCCGUACACAACUACACCUGGUGGUGGUACAGUGGUACUGCACCACCCCCCGCCAGCUCCAUGCUGGUCCCCAUCGGAAUGGGACAGGUGUUGUACCUGGCCUCUCUGGUGACCUCUCAGACAGGAUAUUACCUCUGCCAGGCCACGAAUACUCUGGGGGAGAGCAACUCCUCUGCACUGCUGCAGAUUGAGGGAACCACACUGGGCAGAGAAUCUGUGUUAAUCUUAUCUGGAGUAGGAGUCACAGUCUUCGUAGCCCUCACUGUGCUGGUUUGCCUUUGGUCACGGAAACAACAAAAGACCAAGGAAAACCAACACAGCGUGGCUACCAGCAGCCCCAGUGGGAGGAGCCUCACCUCUUCAACCAAUCCCGACCCAGACUCCAUGUAUGCCAACGUACACGUCUCUUCAUUACCCAGUCGGUCACUGACUCCUCCCCAGGUUCUCUAUGACGUCCACACGCAUGACUCAGCACAGGGAGGGGAAAUUGCCUAUUCCAUCCUCGGCAAUUUUGGUGGAACCAGACCUGUAAAUCCCGGAGACCCAAAGCAGCAGCCAUUCCAACCAACAGAAGCAGGGGAUGCAGCAGGACACUCUGUGAUCUACAGCUCAGUGGCUGAAGCAACAUGAGAAGAGCACAGCCGGGAUUGGAAGGCCUCGAUUGGAGGCCUCUGCAUGCUUUUGGUUUAACAUUUGUGUGUUUUAGCAAUAGUCUUUUGUUUGUGAUAUGAUGGGAAUCUACUGAAUUUAACCCUUGAUUGAAAAAAAGAUAUAAGGAUUGGCUGAAUGGUUCAAACACAUGAGUCGUACCCUGGAGACCAGGGUUAAGGUCCUGUAUUAUUUUGUAGACUAAGGUGACUUAUUAAUUUACAACUACUUGGUUAGGUUUAAGCAACACAACAACUUGGUUAGGAUUACGCAACAAAACAAAUUUGUUAGGUUUAGGCAACGCAACUACCAUGUAAUCAUAACUACUUGGUUAUGUUUACAUGGUGAGGGUUAGGCACGACGAAUUCUGCCAGAAAAGGCUGUCAAACUUCUCCAAUGCAAGGAGACCACGAUCUAACCCAGUCUAACUCAGUUACAGUGGACAUAGUAUUCAUGAAUUACACAGCUUCAAAAUCAUUCUCAUGAUUUUACCAUCAGGAUUUGUUUAUGAAUGUGAAACAGUAAUAGGUUGUGCAUAACUUUUCCCUUUUAAAGUGAAAACACAACCAGAACACUUAAAAAUUAAGGCAUUUAUUACCAUAAUGAACAUAAAAUCAUGAAAAUCAAUGAUGCAUAAAAGCUCAGUAACAACAUUCUGCUUCAAGAAUAAUACUAAUUGUGAACAUCAUGGUUGUUUAGGGGACCGUAUCGGAACUUCAUGCAAAACGACAUUUAUUGAAAUGUAAAGAAUCCAUUGUCCAAAAUAAUUAAUGCUGCACUUCUUUAACUUUUGUUUCUUAAAAAUGCCAUUAAAAUCUUCCUUAUAAACUGUGGCUUCUGUUCUGAAAUUGUGUGUUAUCAAAAAUAAUAUUGGAAUGUAAAAAAUUCAUAGUCCAAAAUGAUUAUUGCUGGCUGCACUUCUUUAACCUGUGUUUCAUAAAAAGGUCAUUACAAUCAGCCUUAUAAACUGUUGCUUCUGUUCUGAUAUUGUGAGUUAUCACAAAUAAAUAGUUAAAAAGAAUGACCUCCUUCCAUGAGUCCUUUGCUAAAAAAUGUCAAAUCGUCGACCAUCAAUCAAAGCAAUUCGGAAUUACCCUCGAUACACAAAAUGAAGAUUUAAUGAGCUCAUUACAUCAUCAUAGGGCUACAGU